AGCAACACCGACGAUCAAUCCAUGGAAAUGCUGAACUGCGCUGCCUUUCUCGCACGGAAGUUUGCAAAUCUAUAUCUUCCUUACCUGGUUCAAAGAGCGAUCUUUAAUUAGGGAUGUAUUAAACUUUAGGUUAGCCGCAGUCCUUGUUUUCGUGACCGGUGAAGAAAUGCUGGCUUGAGGAUUCGAACACCGCAACUUUUCAAGGUUUUUGACACGCUGUAUAAAUGCGACCAUAAUGGCAAACAAGGCUCAGGUUUUGUAUGACUUCACUGCCGAACCUGGAAACAAUGAGCUGACAGUGAAGGAGGGCGAGACAAUCACAGUCACCAAUCAGAACAUAGGUGGAGGCUGGGUGGAAGCUCAGAAUUCCAGAGGAGAAAGGGGGCUGGUUCCAGAAGAUUACAUCGAGCUCUGCCCCGGGUCCUUGGACGGAGGGCAAGCAGGUACGCCAGACUCCACAUACGAGUACUUCCCAGAUCAACCCAGCACCACCACCACCGGCUACCAGGCGAGCAACGGCAAUGACCCCUGGUCUCCCUGGAACGCUGACUCAGCCGGAAACUCCAGGAACAGCUGGGUGGCCCAACCAGAGGUCACGGGGUCAGGGCGGACCCACUCGACGAGUAUCUAUAACCCCACAGUGCAGGAGCACCCGCAGGCAUACCAUGGGCCAGGUGGCACAGACGAUGAGGAGUGGGAUGACGACUGGGACGACGCCAGGUCGACGGGGGGUUACGCCGAGUCUGAGGCGGGGGACGAGGGGGCGGCAAACCGGCCAGGGACACACGGGACCAUGAAGCUCAAUCUCAACAAGUUUCCAGUCUUCCACAAAUCUGGUCCAGAAGUCUAUCUUCUUGCAAAACUUCCACCGAAGGGCAAAGACAAGAUAUCUAUCUAUGUGGGAGAGGUGGGUCCCGUGUGGCUGUACCCAGAGUUCCAGAUGGAGUGUGUCGUAGCAGAUCCCAAAAAAGGGUCCAAAAUGUAUGGUCUGAAGAGCUAUAUCGAAUACCAGGUCAUGCCCACUACUACAAACAGACCUGUCAAUCACAGAUACAAGCACUUUGAUUGGCUGUAUGAGAGGCUCCUGGAGAAGUAUGGAUCGGCCAUCCCCAUCCCCUCCCUACCAGACAAACAGGUUACAGGCCGUUUCGAGGAAGAGUUCAUUAAGAUGCGCAUGGAGCGUCUGCAGGGUUGGGUGACCCGCAUGUGCCGACACCCGGUCAUCUCCAGCAGCGAGGUCUUCCAGCUCUUCCUCACCUACAAGGAUGAGAAGGAUUGGAAGAUGGGGAAGAGGAAGGCGGAGAGGGACGAGACGGUGGGAGUGAUGAUCUUCUCCACGAUCGAGCCGGAGGCGCCAGACCUGGACAUUACAGUGGUAGAGACAAAGUGUGAGGCAUUCGGCCGGUUCACCAAAGCGAUGGACGAUGGAGUGAAGGAGCUGCUGAGCGUUGGACAGGAGCACUGGAAACGCUGCACAGGACCAUUACAGAAAGAAUAUCAGAGGAUCGGAAAGGCUUUUCAGAACCUGUCCUCAGUCUUCUGCAGCAGUGGAUACCAAGGGGAAGCCACACUCACAGACGCCCUCACAGCGGCAGGAAAAACGUAUGAAGAAAUUGCGCACAUCGUUGAAGAGCAGCCAAAGAAAGAUCUGCAUUUCCUGCUGGAAACCAACAAUGAGUACAAAGGCCUGCUGGGCUGCUUCCCUGACACUCUCAGCGUGCACAAGGCUGCCAUAGAGAAGGUGAAGGAGGGAGAUAAGAUGGUUGCUGCCAAUAAAAUCAGCCCUCAGGAGAAGCUCACCAUGGCCAAGCGCGUCAGCACCAUGUCCUACGCACUGCAAGCUGAGAUGAACCACUUCCAUAGCAACCGUAUCUACGACUACAACAGGGUCAUGCAGCUGUACCUGGAGGAGCAGGUGAAGUUCUACGAAUCGAUUGCUGAGAAGCUGAGGCAGGCUCUCUCUCAGUUCACCACACUGUAGAGACACUGUGCGGCAGUGACCUCCGACCCCAGCCAAACUCACGUGUGGAAAGCGCUGCAUCCUGUGAUCUUCUGCGUGCUUCUGAGGUUUGCCGUGCAGCAGUGAGCUGGAAUGACCGGGAACGGCUUGGAAUGGUUGGAAUGCUUGGGAUGGCUGAAAUGAUACAGUCUUCAGUGCCUGACUGUUUACGAGCUCUGGCUGGUUUAUACCCAUGAGGAAAAAGUGAUGCCAAUAGCCAGUCAGACUGCUGCAAGCUUCACACAGCUGAGCUGAGAUCUGCUUCAUGUGGACAUUCGGAACCAUUUAGGCAAAUCAAACGUAGAUAUUUUCUGGGGAGCAUGCUUUUCUUUUCUGAGCUUUUCUGAACUAACCUUAGGAUCCUUUAAAAAAGAAAACAAGAUUUUUUUUAUUUAAGAGGAGUUGAAAUAUAUUUAGUAUGAUUUUAUAUUUAUAUUGCAUGCUUGUUGUGAAUAUAUUACUGACCUUGAUUCUGGGGAUUGAGUGAUGGGGAGCCUGUGUUGUUGGCAGUGCCUACCCCCCCCCCCCCACACACACACACACACGCACACACACACAAACACACACAGGAGAAGCCCUGCCUGGUGUAUACACUGCAGUCCUCAUGAUGUUAAAUUCUCUCACACCGUUAGCUGCAUGUAGGGAGGUGACAGCCGUACCGAACGUGACACCUCGUCCUUCUUUCUGUCUUCCUUUUCAGCUCGUUUUCUCAGGACUCAGUGGGGGCUGGUCCUUUUUUAGCAUUUUAACCAAAUCCAAAGCUGCCGCCAGCCGUUGGCCAUUUUUGCCAUAUCUGUCUGCAUUGCCUCUCUCAUUGCCCAUGUUUCUACUGGUGUUGUACAGUCAUGAUUGCCAUCCUGUUGUAUUAUAGUUUACAUCACCUGCAAUCAUUCUCUGACCUUUGAAUAACAAUAAUAUUCUCAUAUAUGUAUGGGCUUCUGUUGAUAUGUGUCAUGUAUAAUAUGUAUGUGAAGACUUUAUUACUCUGAUGGUUUCAGUUAAUAAAUCCCUUUG